AUAGUAGAGGAACUAUCCCGCUGGCCUAGCUCCUCCCCCUUGCGUCGUAACUCCUCCCCCUUACGGAAAAGGUCCCUUAGCCCACUUGAUUCUAGCAUCUACCCAGGAAGUACACGUCUAAGAGCAACUUCCUGGUCCGGUGUGUAAAGAGGAAAAAAGGGGUGGGGGGAGAGAAGCUGUUGUUGCUCCCGGUGUCACCCCUAUUACACCAGGGCUCUUCGCUACUUCCAGAUCUACAGUUACCAUAUUUCAUCACAUUACCCAAUGCAUUAUAUUUGUCUGACACUUCAAGGUCGGCUCUCGCUUCAGCACGCAAGCCCAUUCUCAGUGUCACCAGGAUGAACAAGGACAGGAGUCACAUGACUGAGAGGAUACUAAACCUCACCCUGGAGAUCAUCUACCUGCUGACAGGAAAGAAAUACACAGUAGUGGAGGAGACGUUAAGCGGACGUGUGACCUCCAGCAGCAGCCCCCAAGUGUCCGGAGGAUGGAGUAGCACCCAGAGCCCCAUCACGGAGCCUCCACCUCACUCGCUGAUACAUGAGAGAGACCAUGAGCAGAAGAUCCUGGAACUCACCAACAAGAUCAUUCAGCUGCUGACUGAAGAGGUUCCUAUAAGGUGUCAGGAUGUCACUGUCUAUCUCUCCAUGGAGGAGUGGGAGUAUUUAGAGGGACACAAGGAUCUGUACGAGGACAUCAUGACAGAGAAGCAUCGACCUCAUAUUUCACUAGGUAGACCCAGUGACAGAAAUACACCAGAGAGAUGCCCCAGUCCUCUUCCUUCACGGGACUGUACGGCAGAAGAUGACAUUAUACCUCAAGAUUACCAGGGAGAAAUCUUGAGUGACCGCAAAACCAUAGAGGAAAGUUUUACAGAAAAUGAACAGCUGUAUAAGGAGGACGACAUUCCUGAAGAUGGAAACACAGAUGGUUCCAGUAACAGUAGUUCACCACAGAGAUGCCCCAGCCCUGAUAACUCACAGGAUUCUACAGAGGAAGACUUCAAACCGGACACGUACAUUAAGGAAGAAAAUCUGAAUAUUGUCGUGGUUGAUUUUGACCAAGCAGCUGUGGAAGAAGAGGACGUAUGCAUAAACAUUAAGGAGGAGGAAAUCCCUACAGAAAUCAGCGCAGCCCCUAACGAAGAUGGUGGUAGAGCGAGGUUUAACGCUGCCGCUAGCAAUACUCCCAGUGUGCCCCCAGAACACUUCAGUACAGAUACAUCAUCCGACCCUGAGGAUCAUCAGGAAAUGUACACGGAAGAGAGACAGUUUAUAUGUUCUCAAUGUGGGAAAUGUUUUACCAGCAAUGCGCAUCUUCUCGCACAUGAGAGAGUCCACGCGGAUGACAAGCUAUUUUCCUGCCCCGAAUGCGGGAAAUGUUUUACACGGAAACAAUACCUUUACAAGCAUAGGAAAGUCCACACCGAGGAGAAACCCCAUACGUGCCCUGAAUGUGGAAUAAGCUUCAGGCAGAAAUCGAACUUGGAUAUACACCAGAAGAUUCACACCGGUGAGAAACCGUUUUCCUGCCCGGAAUGUGGGAAAUGUUUUCGACUGAAGACGGACUUUGUUGUGCACCAGAGAAGUCACACGGGAGAGAAGCCAUUCCCUUGUCCGGACUGCGGGAAAUGUUUUGUCCGCAAAGCGAGUGUUCUCAUACACCAAAAAAUCCAUACAGGAGAAAAACAGUUCUCAUGUUCGGAAUGCGGAAAAUGUUUCCUCACUAAAGCAAGUCUCCUCUACCAUAAGAGAAUCCAUGCCGGUGAAAAACCCUAUUCCUGUCCCGAAUGUGAGAAAAGUUUUGUCAGCAAAGCCAAUCUCCUCAAACAUAAGAAAAUUCACACAGGCGAAAAGCCGUUUCCAUGUCCUGUGUGUAGGAAAUGUUUUACAGAGAAGAGUAGUCUAGUUUUACAUGAAAGAAGCCACACUGGGGAAAAGCCCUAUUCGUGCUCUGAGUGCAGAAAGAGUUUUGUGGGGAAGGCCCAUCUUCUCAAACACCAGAAGGUACACACCGGAGAAAAGCCAUUUUUGUGCACCGAGUGCGGGAAAUGUUUUGCGCAGAAGGCGAACCUCAUCAAACAUCAGAAGAUUCACACAGGAGAGAAGGAAUUUGCCUGCUCGGAAUGCGGGAAGACGUUUGGUAUAAAAUCCUAUUUGGUUUUGCAUCAGAGAAUUCACACAGGCGAGAAGCCAUUUUCCUGCCCUGUGUGCGGGAAAUGUUUUACCAUGAAAUCAACCUUAGUUUCACACCAGAGAAUGCACACAGGGGAGAAACCGUUUCCAUGUUCGGAGUGUGGGAAAUGUUUUAGGCGGAAGACGAACCUUACUGCUCACCAGCGACUUCACAUUGGAGAGAAACGGUACCAGUGUGCCCAGUGUGAUGAGUGCUUCAGGAAUAACUCAGAUUUGCAUGAACAUCAGAGGACCCAUACUUUGUACAGUGACACACUUGUUACACAUUGACCUCUUCUUCAGAAUGGAUGUCUCUGAAAUUUUGUCCACACGCUCCUGGUGAUAAAACCAGGAAUUCAGUAUUAAAUUCUCAAAUUAUCUCCAAGGGGGAAAUGUAUCAAAGCCCGGAGAGCUAUAAGGUGGAGACAGUAUAAGCUCCUGUCGUUUUCAAACACAGCCUGUAACGUGACAGACACUAGUCGGUUAGUACUUUAUCUCUCUCCAAGAUUUGAUACAUCUAACCACAAGUAUAGUGACAUCUAACCACAAGUAUAGUGACACCAAGAAUGUGUCAUUGGGAAAACAUGUCCGAUUCUCGUCUCUGUAAAUAAUACUUAUUUCAGCCUCCAUUAUGGUCUAAAUUGAUCAUGAGAGAGAGCCCGUAUUUAUUACAUGUCACCUUUUUUUGUUGUGGAAUAUUAUUUCUCUAUCGUCCUAGUGGAUGCUGGGGUUCCUGAAAGGAC